AUGAGAGACGCAGCGGACGACAAUAAAGGAACGCCGAAAUACGGCAAAGGGAAACGCUGGAGUACGGUGAAGGUACUUCUGCAGGAUCGUCAACGAUGCAGAGGUACAAGAACUAUCCUACUGCCAAAACAAGAGGUCACAGAAGGAAUCAUCAAGUACGCCCUCAAGAACUUCGACAGUAAAAUCAUGGAGGUGGAUAUGAUCGUCAAGAAACUCUCCAGAGCCGAUCAUUUGCAAAUAGUCACGGCAGUCUGUCAACUGAUGAGGGAAGGCGCGCUGGCGUUCGUCAUACCACCGGGCUCGCCGGCGGUGAUCCGCGAAAUGCUCACUUCUUUCUCGUCCCAUUAUCACAUUCCUCUCGUCAGCAGUCAGCUGAUUUCUCUAACUUCGUCAAGUUCAUCGUCAUCAUCGUCGUCAUCCGCCUCGUCCCUGUCAUCGCCCUCGAGUUCAAACUCGCUCUCGGCCUCGUCGACGACUGCCGCAUCGACGUCCGAGUUCGGCAUUAGUACGUACGUUCCUCUCUCCGACACCGUUGCGUCGCUGUUACGGCGUUACAAAUGGCAGCAGGUUGCCUACAUUUUCGACGAUCUGGCAUCACCAGAUAUUUUGGAGGCGAUACAGAACUCUGGAGUGAAGAUCUCGAUGACGAUGAGGGUCAAAACAGAAGCGGAAGCCAGCGAUGCAGUAUUGGAACUUUCGUCAUUGGGUCGAUUGCGACCUGACAGCAUCGAGAAGAUCGUGCUGAAUGUCAAUAAGCUCAGUCUGGUGAAGACUGUGCUGUCAGGAAUGAUCGGUGAGGUGAAGAGCUUCAAGAACCUCAAGAUUCAAUUCAUGCUCGCUAACCUGGUUACGGACGACUUUUGGCAGUACAUCCGAUUCCGUGAUGCCGGAAGCAGUCUCAAUGUGACCGCCUUCCGGCUAGUGGACUCGGAGCUCCCGCAUGUCACUCGCUUUCAGAAGCAGAUGAUGCAGAAUCCAAACUAUAGAACGUCAUUCCACAACCAAGGAACCGAGAGCUAUCUGUUCCUGGACGCCGUCAACGCGCUGCUCAAGGACUACGAGCGAGCGCUCAAGGACAAACCCAAUCUUCUCGACAACGACCUUGUCGAUGACUCCAAAGGGAGAAAGGGCUUCAGUUGUAUGGAGCAGUCACGUGUCUUCGAACAAGGCGAAUACCUGGCCGGCCUCCUCAAACAGGUGAAACUGCCGGAAGGUCAGACGGGCCCGGUCGAAUUCCUCGCCGAUGGUAGCAGACUCCAACCCAUCAUCAGCGUCAUCCACGGCUCCCAUCUGGGCCAUGUGAAAUUGGGGAGCUGGUCCCCGAAAAAAGGCCUGACCCUCACCGACAAGCCCGAAGCUCUCCCACAGAUCAAAGCUCCUGGAGCCAUCACACCUGCAAAAGAAAUUUCCGUAGGCGGAGUUCUGAGUCCACCGUAUCUUAUGCUGGAACGCGGCAGCGACUCCGACUACAGCGGAUUCAUUCCCGAGCUGCUCGAGGCGCUGGCAAGUGUCGUACCGUUUGCGUACAAAAUCCACGCUGUCUCCCACACCGGCGGCCGAACCGAUAACGGCUCGUGGAGUGGUCUCAUGUCUGAAGUUAUAAACAAGAAAGUGGAAAUCGCCAUCGCUGACAUCCCCCUGACGGCGGAGAGACAACAAUUCGUCGAAUAUACUCAACCCUUCUUGAUGGACGAUCUUGCCGUAGUGGUGUCGCGGAAGUCACAUGCAGGUCGGCCUUCGUUGAUGGCGUUUUUCUUCAACAUAUUCUCAUGGCAGCUGUGGCUAUGCAUUCUCGGCAUAUACUCAACGUUCGUCGUGCUCGCGUAUUUUCUGAACAGGAUGGCGACAUCCGAGGAGAACGCCGACGGUUUUGGCAAUAUCGUGUGGCUUACCGCGGGCUCGCUUCUUUGCCGGAGUCCAGGACCUCAGGGAAGGUCCCGAGCGAGCAAGCUCCUUCUUCUGGUAUGGUGGUUUUUCCUGGCAAUGAUCACCGUGCUGUACGUGUCCGCUUUCGUCGCCAUUAUUCAAACCGUGGUUUUCGGACUCGGUGCGGACGUUUUUACGGUGAAACGAUUCGUUCAGGACACAGCCGCCGGCGCAAUCGACGUGGGCUUUGUUCGUGAGGUCGUCCCGGGAAAAGUUCUCAAGACUCCACGAUCCGGUGAGUUUGCGACCAUCUACUCGAGAAUGCUCAGUAGUCCUCGAGGUCGGGCGGUUCCUUCGGUGGAAGACGGUGUUCAUGCCGUAUCGACCAACUUCGCUUUCCUCGGACUGCGAUCGCAAGUUGCCGCCUACAUCGACGAUUGCACCAAGCGGGCCUACGUUUUGACGCCCAACUUCGCCCCGUACUCGAUAAUGAUGCCGAAGAUGUCGCCGUAUCGCGACAUGUUCAACCAGGGUAUCGAAAGACUACGCGAGGCAGGGAUUCUCGCCGAUCUGCGGGACAAGUGGCUGAAUAGCGAUUCGCGCUGUAUGCAGGAUCAGCUCGAAGAAGAAUCCCCUCCACCGAUGAAAGUCUCUCCGGUGGCGGGAUUGUUCGGCUUCGUUCUCGGGGGCUUUCUGCUCUCGCUGCUCCUCGGAGCUAUCGAAUUCUUCGUGAAGCCGAAACAAGAUAACAGCAGUAAAGUUGAGGUGAGAACCCGGACGAGCGCGGCACAAAAGGCACUGUGGGACAAAAACCAGGACCAAGGCCUCCGACCGUAUACGCCCAACGAUCCUGCCUUGGGGAACGACGAAGAGUUGACCCUGAACCAAGGACAAAUGGUGAAUGGGACCCCAAAACAGGUCCGGAUGAUGGUCUAAGGCUGAAAGGCUACAUCACCAGCAGUUCAGAGUUGGACGAACACAUGAUAGCAAGCUCAACAGCGGCAUCUGUAUCUGAAGGAACCAUGCCCUACACUCAUCAUAUAAUGUACGGAGCUCCUCAGCCUCUACAAUGUUUCAGUCCCAUGUAGAUAAAUGAAUGUUGAUUAUGGUGCCGCGAGUCGUGGAAACACCUAGAUAGCAAUGAUCGUGACGGAUCCACUGUAUAGCGUCGCGUAAUUUCUGACAAUGACCGUCCGGUGACGUAAAGUAUCCAGGCUCAGAAAAGCUAUCGGACGGUCAUCCCUCUUGUGAUUCCAUGUAUAUAAGAUGAGAACGAACUCAGGAAACCAUGAUGUGUUGUAUAGGCAUCGGUCGUCAUCGGUUCGUAUUGGUUU